AAGCAUUGACCCAUUUCACGCCGAUAGUAUGCGCGAUUUCUUUAUGACUGAUCACAGUGCAAGUGAACUAAUACAGUGUUUAGGUUGUUUAUAAUAUUAAAGUUUAAACACGUUUGGAUGUAUACCUCCAUGAAUUUAAUGUGAUUAAAGUAUAUAUUAUGUUAGCUGUUGAACUUUAACAUCGGUUAAAAUACACAACCAGCAAUUUUGACAGUGUCUAAAAUAAACAAAAUAAAGCGGACAUAACAGAUUGCAAAUAAUCCGGAUAACAAUGCUUUAUAGAAUUUUGCUUUGUGUCACGUGUUUAGGCGUGGUGUUGUCACAGAUUUUGACUCCACUGAAAGGGUGUCCCCGAGGGGUGAAUGUUCAACCGGACUUCGAUGUUCGCAAGUACAUGGGCCUAUGGUAUGAACAGGAGCGCUAUUUCGCCAUCUUCCAAUUCACGUACAAAUGUGGCACGGCUCACUACACCCUCAGAGAUGACGGCAGUGUGUUGGUGAACAACACAGGCUACGUGAGAUUAUGGGAAAGCUGGGAUACAGCGCUUGGUUCUGCUGUCAACAUUGAUCCUUCGGAACCAGCAAAACUGGGAGUGAGUUUUGAUGAAGGUCCCUCGAUGGUGGCUAACUACUGGGUGCUGUCCACAGACUACACCAACCACUCUGUGGUCUGGUCAUGUAUAGAAGAGUCGUCUGUAGGCAACUCACAAAAUCUGUGGAUUCUCUCACGUGCUCACAAUGGGCUUCCAGAAAGCAAAAUGACGGAAAUUCGCGCCAUGUUAGAGGGAUAUGGCAUUGACUGGCGCAAACUGUACAAUGUCCCACAGAACGCGUACGUCUGUCCGGGACGACAUCAAGCGGACUAGCAGACCAGUGAGACGCAUGUGCAUUACUGACUUUUGCUUUUUUUAGAAAAGAAACGUUUAGUUCAAAAUCAUCUAUAAAAAAGUAUCUGCAAGGAUUACCGGUUUGACGGAAAAUAAUAAGUCAAUAUAUAUAUUAUUGCAGAAAAGACAACAUAAAAUACAGCAAAGAUGACACAAAGUGUAAAACUCAAUAAAUUACCGAUACAACAUUUUGGUUGUUAUUCUCUAUUAAGAUCGAGUUGGGUUUUCUGUUUCACCAACGUUCAUAUUGCAGAGAUUGUUCCAAAUCAUGUCGAUAUUAGGAAAUGUAAAUUUAUUUGGUUUUUAAGUUAAAAGACAUAUAUUUAGUUGGAAAAGCAUGUUUAUUAAAUUCCUAUUUAUGUUCUUCGUAAUUUACAUCUUGUUUGUAAGUAUUUAUUUGAUUUUAUUGUAAUAAAUAACAGUUAAAUUGAUAUUAUGAGCAUCUAGCAAUUUAUAGGCGUCUAUCGCAACCGUUGUUUAUCUUUGGUGUUUUCACUUCAUAUAGUAAUACACUUAUAUUUGUUAAUGCAGAAUCAACAUACUAAAACAAUAUCCCGGACAGAAAAAAAUAAUGCAUUUGAAUAUCAACCGUACUUUCGUUUGACAACUGAUCACGGAUGUACGAUGUGAAGCUAAAUUUAGUUUUAGUGCAGAUUCGUUCAUACGACACAAAGACACAAUUUAGUUUUACGGAUCAUUUCGACUUACAGGACUUUGUGAGUCAUGUAAAAUAUCGUAUAUCAAAAAUAUUUUUAAUAAACAACUGGUAGCAAGAAGAGUCGCAGAUAAUUGGUCAGUAACCACAUUUUAACUAUCUCUUUUGACCUUUUAAUUCUUUUCAGCUCAAUUCAACAGUGAAAAAUGCCUAUAAUAUCACUUAAAAGGGGCCUUUUCACAUAUUUGGCAUGUUUUGAAGUUUGUCAUUUAAUGCUUUAUAUUGAUAAAUGUAAACAUUGGAUAUAAAAAGCUGCAGUAAAAAAUCAAUAAUAAAAU